UCAAAAUCAAAAUAAAGCAGCAAAUUUAAAUUCUUCCAGUGCUGCUUCUGCAUUCGCCGUUGAUGAUAGUGACGUUGUUGAGUUCAUUGAAUUUCCAUUGUCAACCAUCAUUUUUGUCUCUAAAUAACACAGCAGUAACUCAAAGACGAUUACAAAUAUUUUCACAAAAAUCGAAAGAAAUUACCAAUAAAUUUACGGAAAAUCAAGAAAUAAAAGGAAAAUUACGUGCACAAAUAAAAUUAAAUUGAAAAAUAUGAAUAAUGUGAUUAAAAAUGUGUGUAAAUAAAUGUGUUUUACUACAAAAGAAAAAAGAAAAAGUGAAAAUUGUAACAAGUCAAGAAGAGAAGAGACACACAGAAUAAUCUCAAACCGAGUGUUAAAUAAAUAUAUCAGACCAUCAUCUACAUAUUUAUCUAGCUCCUCAUCAUACAGUUGUAAAAAAAGCAACAACAACAUCUAAACUAGCAGUACCAACAGCUGUGGUGGCAGGCGAGGAUUUUGUUAGCCAUCAGCCAGUCGGUCAUCAAAAAAUUGCAAAGACACUUACUAGAUUGCAAGUGUCUUUUAGCAGCUUGCUUUUGCUUCCUAAUCAUCAUUAUUCUCUUUUAAUAUUUCAAUGCUGACAUUGAUCACAACAUGAAAAAGGGGUGAAGGUGUUUUUUGUUUUUGUACCUAUAUGGAAAAUUAUUGUAUAUCGAUAAUAAACAGGUACGCUUCAAACUAAGAAUCGAAGUGAUUAAAAUAUUUAUUGCGAAAAAUGAGCAGAUAAUUCUAUAAAAACAAUAAAAUACAAGUGAACUUUAAUACUGGCUGCUGCAUCGUAUUUGAGCAACAGCUUCGUCUCUCGUUUAAUAAAGUGAGGCGGAGGAAUACUACAAUGUAUGACAAACAAGAAGAACAACACAGCACAGAUAUUAAACAAUAGCAGCAACAACAUAAUUAUGACAUUGACAACUUUAACUGACAACAAACACAAUGAGGAAAACAAUAAUAAUCAACAACUCGAAGUCAGCAAUAUAACGGCGGCAGUGGCAACUAAAUAUGAACAACAAAUAAGUUCUAUAUGCAACAACAACAACAAAACACACAAGUAUUUAAGAAAUAGAAAACCAACCACAGACCACCAAAAUCUUAAAACUACAAUUAAAUUUAGAAGAAUUUAAAGAAGUGAAAAGUUAUAAACAAAAAACCAACACGUUUUAAAACUAAUAAUCAUGAAACCUCUAAUAAUAAACAUUUGAAGCAAAAAACACCAACAAUAAUAAACACACAAACGUUAAAUCUAUAAAUAAACGCUGAACAAGCGUUAAAGUACUGAAACGUUUACGGUAACUUUAGAACAUAUACGUUCUUAAGAUCGUUUGUUCAGCAUAAAGAUCUCAUCAAAAGUGUUUCUAUAAUUCUGUCAAAUCAUCAACAAAAAUUUGUAAACAAAUAAUCAAUAAUAACAAAAUAAAUAAACAAAACCACAAUAUAUUUGUUAAAAAUCAGCAAUAAAACUAAGCAACAAUAAUACCAACAGCAGCAACAAUAAAAUUCACAUCUCCAACGCAAUGAAUUCAAGUCAACCUACACAAGCUGCACCCGGCAAUCGUAUUACGUUCACAAGUCAAGCUUUGCCCAAUGGAACGAUUAAUAUUGGCAGCGCACAUGGCGGUUCGAUUAUAUCGACGUCACAAUUGCCGAACACAACAACAAUCAAGACAAUAACAUCAAGUGCUGCUGGUCAGCAGCAUCACACAUUGCCCCAACAGGUACAAGUUCAGCAUCACCAGGUUUUACAAACAGCCAGCCAGCAACAGGGCAAUCCGUCAAAUGUCCAAAACCAGCAACAAUCAGUAGGUGCCACACAAACCCAAACAUUAGUUAUAAAAUCUAAUCAUGCUGUCUCAUUGCCGGCGGGUAUUGUCUCAAGUGCACCCGGAAUUGUAACUAUGACCAAAACCAUACAACAGGGUAAUCAACCAUUACUUAAUUCCAUCAUACCAGCUGGUGUAGUAGUAGGCAUGCGUCCUCCAACUGCCCAACAACAACCAAAGAAUGUCCAAGGGAAUACAGUGGGAAGAAUGGUUAUUGGAGGACCACAUAUGGUGGGAACUAGACCACAAAGUCCAGCGAUAACAUUAAGUACACUAACCCCGGGACAGACGCCUGCACUCAUUUUGAAAACAGAAAAUGGAUUUCAAUUAUUGCGCGUAGGGACGGCUACGUCGGGUCCGGUGACACAAACAAUUGGCACUAAUUCCACAAACCCACCACAAAUACGCUUGCAAACUGUUCCAGCUGCUGUAAGUAGAUUCACAGGGCCACCUUUAGCACUACGUAAAACGAUUGUAAGAUCAUCCACUUCCACCUCCACUACCACCACAACCACCCAUCACCACCACCACCAAUCGCAACAACAGCAAUCGCAAACGCAACAACAGCAACCGCAACAACAAGUAAAAAAACAACAUCAGCAACAGGCAACAACUACAUUGAAACAGAUUAAACAAAAUUCAAUAUCAAAUACCUCAACCGCCAAUAGUAUAGUGGUCAAUUCGGUGGCUACUUCCAAUUCUCAACCGACCUAUACGUCGCAAUCGAACAUAUCAAUGCAGCCACAUCAUACAACAACGAAUGUUGUUGCCUCUAUGCAACAACAUCAUCAACAGCAACAACAACAGCAGCAGCACCAUCAUCAACAGCAGCAGCAACAACAAUUCCAUCAGCAGACUCAACAUCUACAAUCCCAACCCCAAAUAACCCAGAUACAGACAAUACCAGCCCAACAAACAAAUCAAAUCCAACAGAACCAACAACAGCAGCAACAACAACAUCAUCAAACAAAUACCAAUAACAAUACUAUACAUAAUAAUGCCAAUAGUACGAAUAACAUAAGCGGUAGUACUACGUUAACCACCACAACAACAACGCCUCAGAGUGCUACCGCUCAGGGUAAUACCAAAGAGAAAUGUCGUAAAUUUUUGGCAAAUUUAAUAGAUCUAUCGACACGUGAACCAAAACCGGUGGAGAAGAAUGUAAGAAAUUUGAUACAGGAACUGGUAAAUGCAAAUGUUGAACCGGAAGAGUUUUGUGAUCGUUUGGAGCGAUUAUUGAAUGCCAGUCCACAACCAUGUUUAAUAGGAUUUUUGAAGAAAAGUUUACCACUGCUGCGGCAAGCUCUAUUUUCUAAAGAAUUGGUAAUCGAAGGUAUAAAACCACCGCCACAACACGUAGUGGGUGGCAUCAGUAUACAGCAACACUUACCGAAAAUUCAAGCACAUAUCCGUCCCAUUAGUCAAAAUCAAACCACAACCAUUGGACAGACACAAGUGCGUAUGAUAUCACCCGCCUCGGCUACAAGACCAAUUGGACAUACUACGAUAACAAAACAGCCAGUGAGCGGUAUACGCAUACAGGGACCGGCGAAUGGGCCACGUCUGUUAAAUACUCAAAUACGGGGACCAGUGCAGCAGCAAACAAAUGCAACACAACAACUGCAAACAGCACCAACGCAUGCGAAUAUUGUUCAAAUACGAGCUCCUACAGCAACACAACUUAAUCGUCCUGCCACUGUUCAAAUACGUACGGCUAAGGGUAAAAAUACAACGACUUCAACAGCUAGUCCUAGCAUAACGCAUGUUAAAGUGGGUCAAACUCAAAUUAAAGCGAUAUCCUCAUCGCCCUCACCCGCCAUUUCGUCACAACCACCCUCGUUGGCUGCCAUUUCGAAUAAUGUGCCCACGGCGUCAUCAAAUCUAUCAUCAUCGGCUUCAAUUAUUUCGACAAUUAAUUCUGUUGCUAGCAAUUCGAUGGGUAGCGGGACUAGUUUACCGGUACCAUCAUUACCCACCGUGCAAUUACCACCGGCAGUGCUGGCCCAACAACAACAGCAGCAACAGCAAUUGAUUAACAACGCCAACUCUUUAAUUAGCACAAAUACGGCAUUGCUGGAAUCAAUAAAAGCUUCCGAAAUUAAAAACGAAAUCAAAACAACCCCAACUUUAAUAUCAAACACCUCCUCCUCCUCCGCCACAUCGUCAAGUAUAAUGACAAUGCCGCCCUCAUCGAUGGCUACACCACAAACACCUACAACGGCUAACAGAGCUCCUGCCAAAUCAUCUGCUGCCUCGGCCAGUAAAGCGGCAGCGAAAAAGAAAAAAGAUCUGGCCGACAAAGAGCGUGAAGAACAAAAACUCACCACUUCAACGUCGGCCACAAGUGCGGCUUCGUUUUUCCAACAACCUUCCAUAUCAAUGUCAUCGUAUGGCGAUGAUGACAUCAACGAUGUCGCCGCCAUGGGUGGCGUUAAUUUGGCCGAAGAAACUCAACGUAUUUUAGGUUGUACGGAAAAUAUCGGCACACAAAUACGUUCAUGCAAAGAUGAGGUUUUUCUCCACUUACCCGCACUCCAGGCACGUAUACGUUCGAUGGUAAUGGAACGUGGCUUAGAGGAACCAUCACAAGAUGUAGCUGUGCUAAUAUCUCAUGCAUGCCAAGAGCGUUUGAAAAAUAUUGUCGAAAAAUUGGCAGUGAUAGCGGAACAUCGUAUAGAUGUUAUAAAGUUGGAUCCUCGUUAUGAAGUAACAAAAGAUGUACGCGGUCAAAUUAAGUUUCUGGAAGAACUAGACAAGGCUGAACAAAAACGUCAUGAAGAAUUGGAACGUGAAAUGUUAUUGCGUGCAGCGAAAUCACGUUCGAAAGUUGAAGAUCCCGAACAGGCCAAAAUGAAAGCGAGGGCAAAAGAAAUGCAACGCGCUGAAAUGGAAGAACUGAGACAACGUGAUGCCAAUAUGACAGCUCUGCAAGCUAUUGGUCCACGUAAAAAGUUAAAACUUGAUAGUGAUGGUGCUAGUAGUGGUUUGGGUUCUGGUAUAAAUAGUGUGUUAGGACCAUCAGCGGCACCGGCACCCUUAAGGCCGCGUAUUAAACGUGUUAAUUUACGUGAUAUGCUCUUCUUUAUGGAACAAGAACGUGAAACGUGUCGAAGCCAAAUGUUAUUUAAGGCAUAUCUUAAGUGAUGCAUUAUUUUAAGGAAAAUACCCCAACAACAAACAAACUACAACAAUCUACAAUAUAGUGUAAAAAAUGUAA